AUGGGUAUCUGUAUCUAUUAUCCCAUCGGCCGCUGUGUAGCUGGAAACCAAUGCCACAACACGCAUACAGGUCCUUAUCAACCUUACCCUUGUAAGAACUUCAUCUUCUAUGGUGCAUGCAAGUGGGGACCGGAGUGUCGAUUCGGACACCCAGCUUCCAUUCCUGCAGAGAACCCUGAGCCUAGCCGUCCUACCUGCACGAACUUUCUUUCGAGACGUGGAUGUAAGUAUGGUUCGAAGUGUAUUAGUCAUCACCCCGUUCCGACAGAAAAGGUAGCUUCUAGUGCUACUUCGGCUCUUCAAAAAUCUCAAUCUAUCACUGCUACACCAACAGCUUCGAAGACUGCAAAUUCUACCAAUGUUAAGUUGUCAAAGGCAAAGCCUGCCAAUACAAAGGUUGAUCCUUUGAUGAACUUCCGCUCUGCUCGAGUUCUUCCGAAGAAACCUCAAGUGGCCCCCACUAAAACAAAUGUUUCAAAGGACGGAGGUUCCACCGAAAUCCAAUUAUCUAAAGAAAAGACUAUUGGUAAGAUUACGAUUCCGGCCUCACUAAAGGAUUUUGGAGUAAUGCCGGCUCUUCCGGUUGCUGAAUCUACCACGGUCAUGCCAACGGCUUCAGAGACCGCAACUGCUGCUAAUGUCGAAUUGUCUGAGAACAAGCCUGCUAGUAUGACUGCUAUCCCAUCAAAGGAAUCUAGUUCUACUCCGGCUCCUCUACAAGCUCAAGUUGCCAUGGACACACCGGAUGUCUCAAGCACUGCAGAUGCUGUCGACAUGUAUUCUUCUUUUGAAAAGCCUGCCGACAAGAUUCCUGUUCCAUCAAUUGAUCCAGGUUCUUAUGAGAUCACUAUACAACCCAUGAAGCUUACAUCUGAUUCAAAUGGUUCGAGUGAUGCUGGUGCUACCAACACUAUUUCUUCUAAGGAUCAGCCAGGUGGCGCAAUUACAACUUCGUCAAUGAGUUCUGAUUCUACUCCCGGAACUCCGUCGCUCCAAGUACUCACACCCGCUUCUACCAGUACUGGCAAUGCAGAUGAUAUUGACUAUGCAUAUUCAAUGAGCGAUAGUUCUGAGUUGGUACGAUCCGCAACUCGAAGCCCAUCACCCAAUGAUGAUGCGCAUGAUACUUCAAUGUCUACUAUUCCAGAUGACUCAUCUACUCCGGUCAAGCCAGUUCCAUUUGGCCAGUCUGUUGAUGAAGCACCUAUCAACAAUGUGAGCAGCACUACGCUAUCCACGAUUCCUGUCGAGGCAUCGACUGCUUCAUCUUAUACAGCAUCGACCCAAUUCUCUGUCGAACAUAAACAAGCAUCUGUGGUUCAAUCAACCGAUUUAGUUCCAUCAACAAGCAAAUCAUUCAACCAGACGACCCCGCUAGCACCCGUGGAGGAAAAACAAAUUUCUGUCUUGGAGCAUAUCUCUACAGACUAUCAAUCAGCUAUGAAUAAGCUAUCCCGUGUAGUCGUAGACUGUUCGGCCACAUUGGAACCCUGCAAUCUUGAGUUAUCAGGGCCCGGAAUGUAUGAGCGUCAAGUUAGCCACACUGAAACCCUAUUUACAUGGCCGCAAGAAGGGAAUGUACCGGCUAUCGACAUGAUCAACACGCUCAUUAACCUCGCGUCAACCUGGGGAGAGCUCUCUAGAUACCAACCUAUUCAUCGCAACAUGGGCUCAUGGCACUCCCUCCAGAUCACGUUUCGACACCGACACGAGGCAGCAGCAGCUGCUGCCGCAAUCAAUGGACAUCCCAUUACUGCGGUUGGUGCAAGUAUGAGUAUUGCUGUAUCAGUUAGUCAUCAAAUUGCAGUGCAAUAUAUGAUACCCCGAUUCAUUAUUGAUUCACUCGGUCGCCAGAAUCAAGGAAACCUUCAUCAAAUCUUCGGACAGAAUUCUUGCCAGCUUCAUUGGGGCGAUUCGCACCGUGCUGACUAUUCUGGCGAAAAGCUCAUGGAGGUUACAAUCAUGGGUACAUGUGAAGAGCAAGUUGCGCAAUGCAAGGCAGUUCUCGAGGAUCUUCUUAGAGGUAGAAUUUUGACUCAUGAGGAAGGUGAUAAUAGACCACUUUGGCAUAAUUUUUUUAAGACAGAUGAGGGAGCAGAGUGGAUUGGACAGGCGACGACGAAUGUUUUUAAUAUGAAGGUUCGGGCGGCAAAGCUUGCUAAUUUAGAUGUCUUGAUGGUUCAUGGAUCUAGUGAGUGGUCAAGGGCUCGAUUUGGAACACUUGUUAAGAAGAAGAUUGCGGAGUUGGAGAAGGCUUCUGUAGUCACAGCUGUUGUUGCGGAAGAGUUGAGGUUGAUGAGAUCAAGGGUUAAGGGUUAAGGGUUAAGGGCCAAGGGCUAAGGGUUAACGGACGGAUAAUUGAAGAUUACUUUUGGGCGGCUUUUUACGAUAGUGUAGUGAUAG